AUGUUGGCGCUGUCGGCCGUGGUCGCCAUAGCAGUAGUCUCCGCUGCUGUCUGCAUCGUGGGUGGCGUGGGUGGCACUCUAUUAUGGUUUAGGGAAGGCUCUGUGCUACGACAAUAUGGGCAACUACCGUAUGGGAGACCAACCGAAUGGGGUGUGCUGGAAUCGCGCGAAAGUUUAGUUCAUUCGCAAGACGACUCAGACAGUCUCUCUCAGCGGACAGAGAAAGGUCGGUCAUUGUGCCGUUCCCUGUCAGGUUCCCAUCGACAAUCGAGGCUGCUUAGGCCACAUAGAAUAAGCUCUCUAACGCCACUGACCGAAUAUAUCGACGGGCCACCUGUCACUCACAGAGGCUCUUCAGCAAGAGAGGAUGUCUCAAUCUCAGCGGUCGACGGAGCUCUGGAAUUACCGGCAGAAACGACACCAAGACAUACGCCAGAAAGAGAACAGGAAGAUAACGAUGCAAAUCAAAGUAUACGACCAAUCUCAGGGCCCGGGCCUUCGAUAUACCAAAAAGAACGAUCAAGUAGUCUAUUUCCGGUUAUGGAAGACACAUACGAAUCGUUCGACUCAACCCGCACACGACCACGAGAAGGGAGCAUCGUCACUCAAACCCCGGGAGCUGCUCCAGAGCAGCCUGUGCCACCACCACCUUGUGCUUACCCUCCGAACCGGUUUCGGCUGUCCAAAAAUGACUCACUGCGGUUUUCUUCCCUAAGUCUUGAGACAGCUGAUAGUUCCAUUAUGAACGACAGUAGAAGAACUUCAGCCGGGGUAGAUAGUGACUUUACUUCGCCAGCUUUACCUCCCUGUCCCACAUUCGCCCCCUACAGUGCCAACGACGUCGGAAGGAGUGUCGCGUUAUCAUAUCCGACGGUACCAGCCCCGUUCGUCUUUCCUGCAGGCUCUCUAGCGGGGGAAGCACAGAGGCUAGAGCCGGACCGCACUUCUCCCCGUCGCAGUUUGACGGCUCGCAGCCCAACUCACUCCAUGGAGCGGAUUAGCCCCACACCCCGGAGAAGUGAAUCCCUCCAUGCACGCCUGCCCAGAAGAGAGUCAAUCCCAUACACCGACCUAGAUCGCAUCCCCCCGCUGAGCGCGGUGGGACGUAAUGCAGUCCUUCUCCCCCAUAUUAGUCAACUCCAACGACACUCAAUACAUGGAAGUGAACGGCGGGAUACUGACCCAUUCUACGGGACCGUGCCCAGUGGGUUUGCUUAUCAGAAUAGUCCUAGAAAGGCCAAUGCUUCAUCCAUCCCAGAGAUGCACUUGCCGCCCCCAAAUGGUCGUCCCAAACUACCCUUAGCAUCCGCUUUGAAAGGUGGCAACAGCGCCCGAAAAGGCCAUAGGCGACAAAACUGUGUCCGGAUAUCGAUUCACCCGCCUAUCACUUUUGGAGGACCUGCAUUCGCCCCGACAGUUGAGGAGCCGGAGGAGUUAGAAGAGUUUGAUAUGCGUGGAUCACAGGUGUCUGAUUUCUCAACGUCUAAUAUUUCGUCCUUGCGUUCAAGCGUGUCCACGUUCUCCGGGAGUCGGAGUGGCAAUCCCGACCAUCAGUUAAACGGAUCUCACAACACAAACGUAUCCGGCGGCAGUCGUCCACCAUCGUACAGAAGCUCAACCUACAUAGUUCCGGCUAAGAAGCGGAAGCAUAGUCGAGACACGUCAAUCGAUAGUAUGAUGGGCACGCCGAACAGUGGCAAGGACAAAGCCGUCUUGGAAAUCAUUACUACAAUGCCCCCUAGCACGGAUGGCAACCUGUCACAGACUCCAUCACCAGAGAAGGUUGUCCCAGUCUGGAUGGCCCCGAACUACAGCGGCUCACCAACGACGUACGAAAAUACCGCGAGCCCGGGCAGUCCUCGUCGCUCCGCUGUCAAGGGGCCACGUAAUCAGCCAGAUAGAUCAGGUCGCAAUAGUAUUAGAAGUGUUCCGCUAGAAGACAGCGCGAACGCCACGAGUCCGUCGGGCCGCCCUCGCAGUCAGAGCAUGAAGCAUGGAGCGAAUCGCAAAUCCACCGACUCACUACAACGCGCUAAAAGUACCGCCGCAAACUUGCCGCGACCCUCAAGUCAAUGCAUGGACGGCCAAGAAAAACAGAACGAGGGUGACUCGUUACAUACGCAGCAACAAAGGUACCUACAACCACCAGGCCGUCCGCCUUCCCACAGUGUCAACAAGGCUGGCAUUGCACAUAACCGCAACCUCCCGAUAUGGGAGGAUCAAGAUCGCACACUAAGAGGCCACUCAACGCGGAAAUCCACGAUAUCUAUUAUAUCCGAAGAGGACGGACCCGCAGAACUCCACGGCGAGUCUUCUUCUCGCAGAAAGGAACAUCGCAAGAGUCGUACACGAGCGGAAUUCACAACACCCGUCAAAAAGACGGUAGGAUUGGGUAUUGGCGCUGCGACGCCAGGCAGUCUUUAUGAUGGGGACGGGUUCUUAAAAGAGUAA